AUGAAUACUAAAAAAGGUUCUGUGAGUAGAAUGUGUAAAGUGUCAAAUUGCCGUAACCUGAAAAGUGCAAGUGUAAAAUUGUAUAGUUUACCAAAGGAGGGUGUAAGGCGAGACUUGUGGUUGGAGAGAAUGAAUUUAAAUUACAUCAACGACACCAACCUGAAAAAUCUAUAUGUGUGUUCGGAUCACUUUCUUACAGUUGGUGAUCAGCAAGUACGUAACAAUGUUGCUUUUGACAAGGCUGAUACUCCUCCAUUGAUGGAUGUAGAAACUGCAACUGAAGAUACCUCAAACAAUUUAGAUGAAGAAGUGGCAUUAAUUGAAGAUACAUUUGUAAGUGAUUCUCAUCCAAUCCCAUCCUUGAAUGAUGUAACAACAAGUACGGAAACUUUUGACAUGACUUCAACUGCCGAUGAUCAAAAUAUCAUAUCGGUUGAAACCACCUUUCAUGCAUUGCCUGCAUUAAAUAAUUCCAGUCAACCCAUCAGGGACGUCGAAUUUACUUCUGGUGAUUCAUCACUAACAACUUCAGUUGAUCAAGUAACAGAAUUAAUGUUGCAACUUACUGUUUUAAAAGAAAAACUAUUUCUUACUGAAGAAAAACUCCUGUACGCUAAUGAAAGGAUCUCUGAGCUUCAGGGGAAUUUAAUUACAUCCCGUGACAGAAUAGCAAUUCUAGAAAAAGCUGUUGAACAGCGACCAACAGUAUCAGAGAUAAUUAGAAAGGAAGAUAAUGCUACAUCAUUUUAUACAGGAAUAGAUUCUUAUGAGAAACUGUGGAUGAUGUUUAACUGGCUAUCACAAUUUGUGCCAAAAGAAGAUAAGCGCGUAAAGUUAGGUUAUUUCGAUCAGUUUUGUAUAACACUAAUUAAACUACGAUUAAAUCUAACCGAGCAGGAUUUAGCUUAUCGUUUUGGUGUAGGUAAAAGCACAGUAAGCAAGUAUUUUCUUUUUUGGGUACACGCUAUGUAUACGUGUUAUGUACCAGCCUUAAUAACAUGGCCUACAAGAGAGAAUAUGAGGUGUACCGUUCCAUUACUUUUUAGAGAUAAGUUUUGUAAUUGUGUGUGCAUCAUUGAUUGUUUUGAAAUUUUUUGUGAGCGUCCAAUUAAGAUUAAGGAGAGGGCGUCUACCUACUCAUCAUACAAAUCACACAACACCGUGAAGUAUUUGAUUGGAGUAACGCCGCAAGGAACUGUUUCAUUCAUUUCUAAGGGAUAUGGAGGUCGUUGCAGUGACAAAUUUAUAGUUGACGAUUCUGGUUUUUUGAACAAUUUGAUACAAGGUGAUUUAGUUAUGGCUGAUAGGGGAUUUAGAGUUCACGAGGCUGUUACUUUACGGAAUGCAACUCUUGCUGUGCCUUCGUUCCUUGGAAAGCAAACACAGUUGUCAAAUGUAGAAGUUGAGUACUCUAGAGGGCUUGCAAGGAUUCGUAUACAUGUUGAGAGAAUUAUAGGUGCAACAAAACAAAGAUUCACUAUUUUAGAAGGUCCUCUUCAUCGUGCAACACUUUCUGUUUCGAAGGGUGAAGAUUCAGCAAUAAUUGAUAAAAUUGUUAUGUGUGUUUAG